AUGGCUCAGCGACUUCUUCUGAGGAGGUUCCUGACCUCCAUAAUCUCCGGGAAGCCCUCUCAGAGUCGGUGGGCACCCCUUGCCUCCAGGGCCCUGCAGACCCCACAGUACAGUCCUAGUUACCUGGCAGGAACACCCAGCCAAGCCCGGUCUAUAUACACCACCAGAGUCUGUUCAACAACCUUUAACAUCCAGGAUGGACCUGACUUUCAAGACCGAGUUGUCAAUAGUGAGACACCAGUGGUUGUGGAUUUCCAUGCACAGUGGUGUGGUCCCUGCAAGAUCCUGGGGCCCAGGUUAGAGAAGGUGGUGGCCAAGCAGCAUGGAAAGGUGGUGAUGGCCAAAGUGGAUAUCGAUGACCACACAGACCUCGCCCUAGAGUAUGAGGUGUCAGCUGUACCCACCGUACUGGCCAUGAAGAAUGGGGACGUGGUGGACAAGUUUGUGGGGAUCAAGGAUGAAGACCAGCUGGAGGCCUUCCUGAAGAAGCUGAUUGGCUGA